ACACGUCAACUAUGGCGGAAGUGUCAGAAGACACAAGUUGGAUAAUAGAUUUAGAGACAGCUUUGGUAGACGAGUGUGAUUAUGGAACAUUGAGAAAUAUAUGUAAAAAUAGACCAGUACCAGCACACCUCAGAGCAGAAGUUUGGCAGAUAUGUUUAGGUGUACAUGGUAAAGGAGAUUCCCUAGCAACAUUUGAUGGAUUGUUUGAUUUGAAGGAACAGGAACAGAUACGACAGGACUGUAAAUCACUUAUAGAUAAAUUUGGAAAUGAAGAUGAAGAAGAUAAACUGACUCUUGUCAGUGACCUUGAAACCAUUAUAACCUUCUACAGCAAGUCCCGUAAUGAAACUUACAAAUCAGAAUGUGAUUGGCUAGGAGUAAUUCAACCUUUACUGGCAUUAAAAUUAAGCAGAGCAGAAAUUUACAAUUGUUUUUAUGCCAUUUUGAACAAAUUUAUUUCAAGAGAUUGUGAGAAGAAUGGAAAACCAUUCCAUUUAUUUAGGUUACUGCUACAGUAUCAUGACCCAGAACUGUCCUCAUUUCUGGACACUAAAAGAAUUACUCCUGAUACUUAUGCUCUACCCUGGUUAAGAAGUUUAUUUGCUUCUACCUGUAAUUUACCUGUGAUACAGAACAUGUGGGAUGUAUAUUUCCAACAUGGAGAUCCAUUCCUGGCUUUCUUUAUGGCACUGGUCAUUCUGGUCAAUGCAAGAGACCAGCUUUUGGCUGGAGAACUUGAUACUAAGCAAGCUAUUAUAGAAGUGUUAACAUCAUUUCCCUCUGGACUAGAAGCAGAAGAUAUUGAAGAUUUCUGUUCUUUGUCACAGUACUAUGCAUCUAGAACACCUCAAUCUUUCAGAAGAGAUUACCAGGGUCCAUUAUUUGGUGCUAGUCUAGUCCCUGUUAAAGAAGAAUUUGAAGUUAGUGUCACUCAGGCCCUCUGUUUACCUGUGUCAGUAGCAGAAUUGUUACAGGCUUGUCAACCAGGAGCGGGUGAUGGAGUGAAAUAUUUUGUGGUAGAUUGUCGACCAGCAGAACAGUAUAAUAAUGGCCAUUUACCUACAGCAUUCCACUUAGAUGCUAACUUAAUGUUACAGAAUCCAAUGGAGUUUAAUACUGCUGUACAGGCAUUGCUAGCUGCCCAACAACAAAGUAUUAAUGCUGGAUCUAUAUCAGGAGGUGAACACUUGUGUUUUAUUGGUAGUGGCCGUGAAGAGGAGGACCAAUAUGUUUACAUGGUCAUAGCCAACUUUUUACAGAAACAUUACCAGUUUAUCAGCUUUGCCAAGGGAGGUUACUCAGCUGUACAUCAGUUAAUGAAGGACAGAUUGAGUGAUGGAUUAACAAACCAUAAUUCUAAACUUUGUAUAAUAUGCAAUCCUGAGGCAGCUUCCAGUGAUUUAGAAAGUGGAGAAGAUUUCCGUCCAUCUUCAAAGAAUAAGGAUGAUUCAGGGUCAUUAUUUGGAAAAUUGUCUGGAGCUGUCAAGAGUAAAUCAGCUGAAAUGAAACAAAAAUUGACUGAUUAUAUCAAAAAUGAAAACCAACAAGUUGAAAGACAUGUGAGUAAUACCGAUCGAGUGGGUAAAAGAUACAGAAACAUGGAUAAUGUAUUCUCUAUAGGUGAUGAUGAAGAUGAUGAGUUACCCAAUUCUUCUGAUGAAGAUUCCAAAGAGAAAGUGAGCUUGGAUACAUGGUUAAAGAAACCAGAUAUAAUAUACUCUUGUAAAUGUAAUGCUGUCGGAUCAAAUGGUUUCAUGUUUCCAAGUUAUAUUCUAGUUACAGACAAUCAUAUGUAUAUUUUACGUGAAAUUCCAAUUAGAAAAGGCAUGGCACAUAUCCAGUCUCGAAGAGCAUUAGGAAGUAUAGUGAAAAUAACAUCUAAAAAACGUCAUCCAGAAUUGAUAACAUUUAAAUAUGGUUCAUUAGAGGACGAAUCCGUUGAAGUAACUGAUAUGGACAGAUUCUUAAUUCCAAAUGCUGGGGAAGCCACGAAAAAGAUCAAACAACAAAUAGUUAAAGUUUUAGAUGCUUUAGACAGAUAAUUCAUGUGAUUAUUAUUUGUGAGGAAACCAUUAUAGCUGAUUUUAUUGAGUGUGUAGGCAAAGGUAAUAUCUUUUGUUAGCUUGCAAGUUAGCUGAACCGUGAAGUCAUUUUAAGGUUAGGUAAACUACCCUUCUUUAAGAGUAGACUAGUCCAUCAGACAACCAAUAUAUCUGUCUGUUGGACUAGGCUACUAUGAAAGGAGGGUAGUAUACCUGACCUAAUAAUGACUUCACAGUUCAGGUAACAAGCAAGAUUACCAAAGAUAUUACUUUUAGCUACACAUUCAUUGAAAUGGGCUGUAAUUAUAUAAAUGCUGAAUACUAAGAGAGAUUAUAACAGUGAUUUGAUUUUUGAUUGGUGAUUGCAUUCGAAAGUGUGAGCUUUGCCAUGACACAAGCAGCUUGUUGCAUAUUUUAAGAUAUAUUGAAAUUAUUAAGCAAUAAAUAAAAAGUUUAAUGCUCAUUUGGCAAGGUUUAAUCUUGCGUCGGCAUUCUGUAGGCAGGUAAAAUGAGAUCAUAUUAAAUUUUCAAGAAUUAGAAGAGAUAUUAAAAGGCAUUUGAUUUUAAAAGCUGAGGCUAUCAUACAUGUAGAAAUAUUUAUACGAAAGCAAGAUAAGAGUGAAAUAAACAUGAUACAAGAAAGCAAAAAAACUAUGAAAUUUAAGAAUAUUCAGCAGUUUUGUUGUCUCACUUUCAAUAUAGGAACGUAAAUUUUUAAUAAGCAUUCGGUUUAAAAUGUAUUUCAAAAGAAACCAGUACAAUGUAUUACAGAAUGCAACCUGGCCAAAUAAGUGUUUGAUUCUUUUGAUUGCAUAAGUGUUGAUGUGUUCAAUAGAUUGAUUUUAAAUUAGCAAUAGUAAGAGCUUCUUUAUACUUGGUUAGCACCAGUUGUGCAAUAUUCAUAAAAAAUGUCCCUAAAAGAAACAAAUACCAUAGCAAAUUGUGAAGUGACUGUGUAUGCAUAUUUUUACUCCAUAAUUAUUUUGCCACAUUGGUUGUUUUAUUUUCCUUCAGAAUAACAGACACAACGUUAAGAGAAAUUAUCUUUAUUUGCACUUGUCGUGUUUGUCCAAAAAGUAGGAGACCCCCUUGUUUUCCCAAUUAAUGUAUAAUAACAUGAUAAAAUAAUUUAUUACAUUGUGAGAAAUAUAGUACGUUUGUAUCAUAUAAAGAUUUCAGAUUCUCACAGUCAUGUUUGGCUUGUGACUUAACAGAAUGCUGCCAAAUAAAUGAAAAUGAUAGCAAAAAUCAAUUGCACACAAAACAUAGAUAUGCACAAUACUCAGCCUCCUAUUAUUUUGAUGACACAAAAUUUUGUUAAUUAUGAAUUAUUUUUCUGUCAUUAUUAAUGCAUUAUGGUAAUUAUUGUAUAAAUAAGCCCUUACAUCAUAUGUCCAGAGAGUGAUAUACAAGAAUGACUGUUAUGAAUGUUUAUGAGUAUAUGUUAGCAAAGCUUAGUUUGGACAAUUUGUGAGAAAUAUAGUUUCAUUGAUUUCAUUAAGAAAGGUUAUUUCUUUGUUGAUUUUGAACAAAAAUAUGAUUUUGCUGCAUGUAUCAUAAUAUUUGUUUUAAAACUUAUAGAGUAAGACUGAUUCAUAGUUUGAUCAUUGAUGGUUACUAUCUGCAUGCUGUGUGUAUCAUUAGUUAUAGUAGAACAAUUAUAGAAUAAGCUACUACAAUAUUUCCUUCAUAAGGCGAGCAAUACUUGCUAGCUAAAGCCAAGUAUUCCUCACAGAAACAGAAAACUAGAUUUUAGAUAUAAUUACAGUGAUUUUUUCUUUAC